AUGAUUCAAUACCUUCGAGUAGUCAAAGACAAUUUUCAAUUCUUUGGUCGAUUCAUUGAUUAUUCAUCUCAUUUCGUGGCAUCCACCUAUGAAGAGAGAAUAGAAGAAGAUGAUGAAGGUGUUGACGCAAAUAUGGCACCCAUCUUCUUCUAA